GCGAAUGUUCAACGGCGGAACACGAAGCUGAAAGGGGUUCAACAGCCCAUGGACCUGGGCACGCGCGGCACGAAGCUGUUCAUCAUCAACCCCAUGUACCCGUGCCCCUUCGAGGAGCGCCUCGGGGACUGGGGCGACGGCGGCAAGUGGACGUGCAUGAUACCGGGAGUAUUCCAGCGCACCACCACGGUCUACAGCAUUGGCAGCCGGGGUUCGUAUGACUUCGAGGAGGACUUCGCGAGGGCGCACGCGGGCGCCAUCUUCACGUUCGACCCCUUCCUGAAGCCGGCGGUGGAGGAGCAGAUGCGCGACCUGCCCUUCCUGCACUUCCGCGCCAUCGGGCUGUCCGGCGAGGCGGACCUGCAGACGUACCGCCGCAAGAACCCCACGAAGCUCUUUGUGACGCUGCCACGCAUGCUGGCGCUGAUGAACCACACGUAUGUGGACGUGUUCAAGAUCGACUGCGAGGGCUGCGAGCUGGAAGUCAUCAAGGACAUGACCGCCUCUUAUGGCUCCGAACCUGCCAAGCUCGCCAUCCAUGGCGGCGCGCUGCCGUUUGGGCAGAUCCUCAUGGAGUUCCACCACCUACACAAACCAGCACUUCUUCUCCCUGCGCUGUACGCACUGGAGAACCUUGGGGGGCAACAAGAGCUGCAAGAUGGAGGGCAGCAGCUGCCGCAUGGCGGCGGGCAAGUGCAGCUACAGCGCGGAGGUACAGCGAGGGCCGCCAGCGUGGGGGCGGUAUCAGGAGCUGACGAAGAAGGAACAUCGGCGGUUGGAGAAAGGGCAGCAGUGGUCGCAGAGGUGGCAGAUGGGGCGGCGACCGCUGCACCAGACGGGGUUGCGACUGAAGUUAGGGACAGGGCUUUAGCACGGUCACCAGGGACGGUAGAGGCCACAGCUGGGGCAGAGGAGUCUGCUGCAGGAGCGGCAGAGACCGCAGACGGAGUGGCGCGGGCCGCAGGAGAGGCUGGCAGCAAUGGGGACGCUGCAGUCCCACCACAGCCCCAUGACGAGGUCCUCCCUGCCCCCCCCAGGCCCACUCCCAUGCAGUCAGGAGCUUUAAUAGAGGGGCAGGAGGAAACAGCGAGGACAGGGAAUCCGGAGACUGCACCCAUCCACACCCCGCAUCUUUUAACCCACUCCCCCCCAGGAGCACCCACCCUUUGCCCCCACUCUUACAGGCAUUCUCGCGAAUUAAGUCUACUUCCCGCCCCCUCUGCCCAACCUGCUCCAGGCGACCCUCACAUGGGCUCAUCACCCAGCAAUCCCCCCCCAGAUAAACCCUCGCCUUUGCAGGCACACGGUGGAGGUUUCACCGGCGCAAUCCUUCCCCACAAACAUCUGGUUGCCACUCAGGAUGACGCCCUCCCCACUAGGAUGGAGGUAGUUGGAGUUGGGGUUGACAGAAUGACGGCUCAGCUGAGAGGGCUGGAGGGUGAGUUAAGGCCGGUGCGACAACCACAUGCAACCCAGCCACAUGGGCCGGCGGUGCUUCAGUUUUCUCUCGCUGGACCAGAUCACCCUCCCUCCCUCACAGACCUGGAGGCGUCGGAGCCCUCAUCGGGCUUGGGGGCGGCUGUAUCUGACUUGCUGGCGAUACGGAACACUGGCAUACCCCUCCCUACUCCCACCCACCCGGCCCCAGUGGUACACGCCCACGAAGCCCCCCUCAUGGACCCCCCUCUUGCAGCCCCCAUCCUGCACAAACCCUUCCACCCUUCUCCGAUGGAGACCGAUCUGAUCUUCAGACCGUGCGCUUCUGACGCAGAUGUAGGUGCACCACUCCUGCCUGCCUCACCCCACCCAUCCCCAUCACCAGCCCCACCUAUCACCACGGCAGAUAGUUCCGAGGGCACGGCCACGGCCGACCCCACCGACACAGCGACGUCAGGUCGUGAGGACCCAGAGGCACCAGGCCCUACUCUCCUCUUGGCGGCGGCAGCGACGCUCCUACUGGCCCCGGCGACACCGCCAGAGCGUUCAAACACGGCCGCCAUUGCAGCGCGCAUCAUCCGUUUUGGACGAGGUGAGUUGGACGAGCUCAUCUCUGAGGCCCUACAUCGACGUACUCCCCUUCCUCUACGAGCAGUACGGCACGCUCGCGCCACCACUUUCUCCCCCACACCGGAUGACCGUCGCAUUGCCCGCUGCCUGCGUAUGGCGGCUUGCAAUGAGACCUCGCGGGCCUGCGCGGCCGUGGAGUCAGCAGAGGCGGCACCUGACACGGAGAUCCAGCCACACAAGUGUCUCGUCUACGGCAGGGAUUUUGUGACUUCCAAAGAGGUGGAGGCAUUCACGAGUCUGAAGAUCGAGGUCGCUCGCAGAGGACUCAUCGUCACGGGAGUGCCGGUGGGCUCUGACGCUUUUGUGGAGAGGAGCCUACCUGAGCGUCUGGAGAGGAUGGGGCGCGUGUUGCCGUGGCUUCCGAGACUGCGCCAGCCCCAGACAGUGGCCCGUCUACUUUCGGCAUGCGUCAGCACGCGACCGCAGUAUCUGGCGAGGACGGUCCCUCCGACCCCGGCUGUACGUGCCAUUUUUGCACGGUGGGAUGAGCGGUUGGGGGAGACCUUUCAGCAGCUUCUGGUGCCUGGGACUUGGACUUGCAGAGAGGACGUUCGUGAGGCUGCCCUGGACCAGAUCUACCUCCCCAUACGUCUAGGGGGUUUAGGCAUCCGACGCAUGGAGCGUAUCGCCCCGGUGAGAUAUGCGUGCUCUUGGGUACAGUGCGCGCCGAUCCUUUGCUCCCUCCCAGUGUGCGGCGCGAGCUUCCGACAGAGCUUCGCAUCAGAUGAUGUUGACCAGAUCGAUCGAUCACUGCGGACGGCGCUGGAGGGCCUCCCACGUGACAUCCUCUCUCUCUUCCCCCCCUGGAAAUCUUGUGUCUCUGCUGCCCCUGAUUCUCUUUUCACAGGACAGCAGGGUGGGCUCGGUCGAGGGGCUGGUGGGCAGGAGGGCCGAGAGGGGCAGGAUGGGCUGGCUAGUGGGGGAGAGGAGGGGGGACAGCAGCAGCAGCGGCAGCAGCAGCAACAGCAGCAGCUAGGCCAGCAGGGGCAAGAGGGGCAGACCCGUAGGGGUGAGGAGAGGGGACAGCAUGGACAGCAGCAGCGGGGCCAGCAGGGGCAGGAGGGGCUGGCUAGUGGGGGAGAGGAGAGUGGACAGCAGCAGCAGCAGCAGCAGCAGUCGCAGCGGCAGCAGCAGCAGCGGCAGCAGCAGCAGCCGGGCCAGCAGGGGCAGCGGCAACAGGUUUGUAGGGGAGAGGAGAGAGGGCAACAGCGGCAGCACCAGGAAGCAGGGGCAGCCUGGCUGGGAGGAGGAGAGGAGACAGCAACAGCAGCGACGACAGCAGGAGGGCCAGCAGGGGCAGGAGGGGCAGGCCAGUAUGGGAGAGGAGAGAGGACAGCAAGAGCAGCAGCAAGAGGGUCAGCAGGGGCAGCAGCAAGAAGGUCAACAGGGGCGAUAGCAGGAGGGUUAACGGGGCCAGGCUACUAG